CCCAUCGCUUCCGCUGGCUGGCCAACUCAACGCCACGGAUCUUUCCAGGCAAUUGGUUGGUCCUGAUCGCAACAGCACAAACUCUCUUGCUUUUCUCGACGACUUUCUUGCUUCUUGCAGCUCUUGUGCUACCCUUUUAACCUUUACCAUGGCUGAUAACGACGAUGAUCUUGUCGACUACGACGAAGAAGAGGAAGUAGCAGACGUCGUAAAUGACAAGUCUGACUCUGCUGCAGACGGCAAGGACACCAAGAAGGGACAUUAUGUCGGUAUCCAUGCGUCUGGUUUCAAAGAUUUUCUUCUCAAGCCAGAACUGCUUCGUGCGAUUGUAGAUGCUGGUUUCGAGCAUCCUAGUGAAGUGCAGCAUGAAACCAUUCCUCAAGCCGUUUUGGGAGGUGAUAUUGUUUGUCAAGCCAAGUCUGGUAUGGGAAAAACUGCGGUGUUCGUGUUGGCAACUCUCCAUCAGCUCCAGAGUACCCCUCCUGCGGAGGCUGCCGAAGGCGAAGAGAAAAAGAAGAACCCCGUGCAAGUCUUGGUCUUGUGCCACACAAGGGAACUUGCCUUCCAGAUUGCCCACGAAUAUGAGCGCUUCUCCAAGUACUUACCUCAUCUGAAGACAGCUGUGUUUUAUGGCGGUGUAAACAUCAAGACAAACCGAGAUAUCUUGAAGAAUGAAGCACCCCACGUGGUUGUCGGCACCCCUGGUCGUAUCCUUGCUCUGGCUAGGGAAAAGUCCUUGGUCCUUGAUCAGAUCCAGCACUUUGUGCUUGAUGAGUGCGAUCGAGUUCUAGAAGCGUUGGACAUGCGUCGUGAUGUUCAGGAGAUCUUUCGUUUGACCCCUCAUGAAAAGCAGGUCAUGUUGUUCUCGGCUACCUUAUCGAAGGAAGUCAGACCUGUCUGCAAGAAGUUCUGCCAAGACCCCAUGGAGAUUUAUGUCGACGACGAGACGAAGUUGACUCUGCACGGUUUGCAACUCUACUAUGCCCAGUUGGCAGAAGCCGAGAAGAAUCGCAAGCUCAAUGACUUGUUGGAUGCUCUGGAGUUUAACCAGGUUGUCAUCUUCGUGGCAAAAGUAUCUCGUGCGAAGGAGUUGAAUCGCCUUCUGACAGAAUGCAACUUUCCAAGCAUCUGUAUCCACGCUGCCAUGAAACAAGAAGAGCGUAUCGAGAAAUACAAGAGCUUCAAGGACUUCAAUGCCCGUAUUCUCGUCAGUACUGACUUGUUUGGCCGUGGUAUUGAUAUUGAGCGUGUUAACGUGGUUAUCAACUACGAUUUCCCAGGCGACUCGGAUCAGUUUCUUCAUCGUGUUGGUCGAGCUGGCCGUUUUGGUACAAAGGGUUUGGCAAUUUCCUUUGUUUCGAGCAAGGAAGACCAGGAGACCUUGGAGAAGGUCCAGAGCCGUUUUGAAGUAAACAUCCCAGAGCUCCCCGAUGAAAUUGAUAUGUCGACCUACAUGAGUACCUAAAGUGGAGGCUGCCGAUAUUGCAGUGGAGUUCGAUGCUUAUGUUUGCGGGGAUGAUAAGAGAUAACUUGGUAUUCCAGUUCUUUUAGAACGAGCUACUGACUGACUAGACAUGAUAAAUGAGUAACACAUUGUCUUAUAUUAUG